AUGUCAACUAUUUUCGAAGUUAUCGAUAGCCUUUCUCUUCCAAAAAAAGAAACGAAUAAACUACAAAUUUAUCUCAUUAAACAUAACCAGGAGAGAGAUAUAUUGCAUUCUGCACUUAUGAGUCCCUUAAAAACAGACGAAGAUAAACUUGAGUUAUUAAAAGAAUUCUUAAAGACUCUGUCUGCUGACUUGAACAAGGAAGUGAUUAUCCUUCCGCCACUUCCAGGAACAGAAAGCGAAACACAUAUAUAUAAGCACCGUUGUUAUGACUAUUUCAAGGAAAUCAUUCUCGAGAGCAAGAAACAUAAGCGUUUCUGCAUCACCGGGAAUCCAGGAACAGGGAAGACAUUUUUCGGACGUUAUAUCAUGAGUGUUUUGUUAAAAGAAGGUUUCGAACUGUUGGUAGACGAUGCCAGUUACUCGCACCUAUAUCUCAUUACUCGUGAUGAGAUGAAUACUUUUGAUGUAGAGGUAAAUCACGAUUUUGAUACCGGAAAACUUAUUAUGGUAUCAUCACCAAAGGAUUUGAACAUAAAAAAUUUUUGCAAACCAGUUAAUAUAACAAUCAAAGUAUACAUGCAAAUUUGGUCAGAGGCCGAAUUAGAAGAAUGUCGAUCAUUAAUCUAUCCAGAAUUUUCAAAGGACAAUCUUCAGGAAUCUUACCAAUUAUGUGGCGGUAUUCCAAGAAUGAUUUUCAAAUGCAAAUUAUCUGAGAUUAAUAAGAUGAUUACGGCUUCUGAGCCGGUAGAUGAAAUCAUCAAUGGGCACAUCUUUGUCAAUUCCCCCUAUACUUCUUGUGAAUUAAAGUUUGCUUCAGUAAUUGUUGGUGAUAAAGUUUUUGCAAGACUAAAAGAAUUCUACAAAGAAAAAACGUACAAGUUUGUCUUUGCAUCAUCUUCUGUGUCAUUAUUAGGUUCUGUACGUGGACAUAUGUUUGAAAUUAUCGCACAUAAUGAACUAAGCGCUGGCAAAACAUUUUUGACACGCUCACUAGAAGGACGUAAAAAAUCCUGUGGGAAAGAACAAAAAUUACGACUUCCUCAGCUUAUUAUAAAAAAUUGUUACACAGUAGAUGAUAUUGAAGAUGGCAAAUACUGUAAACCAGUAGCAAAGAAUUUCGAAACUAUUGAUUCAAUCUAUAUUGGAAAAGACUAUGACUAUACAUUUCAGAUGACGGUAGGAAGAACGCAUGAUAUUAAACAACAUGGAUAUCAAUUACUACAUGAAAAGCUAGGUGGUGAGUCAGCAGGUCAUACCAUCCGACACUAUUUUGUUGUUCCAAAAGAUACAUUUAAAAAUUUCCAAAAACAACCUUUCACAGUGAAGAAGGAAGAAAAAGGUCAACCAAAAAAUGUAGUGAAUGUCAAACAAUGGAUCACAAAAAGAAUAGAGCAAUAUGUAUUACUUUUAGAUGUUGGUAUCAAUAGCACAUAUUAA